AUGCAUUAAGUACAUUGCAAAAGAAGAAAAGAGGAGAUAAUUGAGCUUUUGAAUGACAGUGGCUUUGGAGGAAUGUUGCAUAUCUGCAACUGGACAAAAGUCCACACUUUCUUUGUGGAUUGGGGUUAGAAACUUUGACAAAGAGAACAUGUGGAUUACAUUAAGCAAGACUGAGGUACUUCCAUUGAAAGAGGAUGAUGUACAUAGGGUGUAUGAGCUUCCAAUGACGGGGAAGCAGAUUAACGUUGAUAUCUGCUCUGAAGAAGCAAUAAAGAGAUUGAGGACAGAAUUAGGAUUUGAUGAAAAUUAUUCACCUUUUGUGAAGGUGGCAGAUUUGGAGAGAAUAUUGAAGACACUAGAGCAACCAAAAGCAUGGGUGAAGGGUGCAAUCUGUUUUAUCAUUCACAACAUUUUGUGCCCCACUAAUAGUAGCUUUGUAUCUCUCCAAUAUGCGCACAUAUUAGAAGAUCCAGCUGGGGUAUCAUCUUAUAACUGGUGCUCACAUGUUCUUGCAUAUAUGAAAGAAGGCCUGCAAACUCAGGAAGUUGCAAAUCCAUUAGCGGACUUCCACUUCCUAAUGAUUAAUUACAUGGAGAAAAUGGGUAAGAGAAGCCCAUUUCUGACAGGGAAAUACAAGCGGCCAUCACUUCGUGAUUGGGAUGUGAAGACGGCAAACCAAGACCUUCAGAAGGUGCAUGACCUUAUGGGACUUGAGCAUGGACUGACGACCGGAGUAACCAAACUGUACAGCACCGAUGAAGGUCCGCUUGUAUUGUGUUUUGAUGCAGAUACAUGUCCACUAUCUAAGGCAGAGAUGCAUCUUAAUCAUUGUAGGUCUUGUAUACGGAUCUACACUACAACCGCAGAAACCUUGGAAAGAAGAAUAGCUGGCGUUACAAUAGCUGAGGGAAAUAUUGGAACUUCUGGGAAAAAUGAUGCAGUUGCAGAAGAAACAAACACAACCAAGGUCAAUCCGAUUGAAGUGCAACCUGAAACUGAAGAUAAUAUAAGUUUGAGUGCCGGAACAGAUCUAACCCGAAAAAGAAAAGAAAGAAGUUCUAGUGUGGAUAAUGGACAGGCUCAGAAUGAAUCUUCCAUACCACAAACAAGCACUCGAGGGGAAGAAAGGUUGAAUAAUCAGGAAGAUGUAGCAGAUGAGAUCAAUGCCAAAAUCAUUGAUGAUAAUGAUGAUGAUGAAGAAGAUGAAAUUGAUGGCAAAAACCUUGAUGAUUCAGUGAGGAAAGCAUGCAAUAUGGGUAUUUCCUUUACACAGGAAACAAUCUUGAAGCGGCCAGAGUUUUUUGAUGGGGGAGAAGCUUCGAAUGCAGGGUUGAAUAAUCAUGAUUCAGUGAGGACAGAUUCAGUGAAUAAAAAAUGCAAUAGUGAAUCGUUUAAGACACAAUGCAAAGUGAAGCAAGCAAACGUGAUGGAGGAGGAGGACCCGAAGGAGCAGAAGCCUUUGGAACCUAACAUACACUUUGUUUUAGAGUAAGAAUCAACCAAUGUGACAAUUCUACAUUACAAUUGAUUCAUUAAAUUCUGCACAAUAUUAAUUCUGCAAACUAACAAUUAUGUAAUUUAUUUGACAGGCCAAUUCCAUUAAGGUAUGUGUUACCGGAUGCAAUAAUCGACUUGGAUAAUGUCGAAACUGUGCAGAAAAAGAAAAGAAAGAAGCAUGAUAUGCUUUAUUCUGGUGGCACAUACCCUGAGCGUAGAAGAGCUGUGAAGAAGUCAAAAUACCUUGCAAGCCCCUACGAUGAAGCUGUCUACGAGUCAAAUGCAACUAAGAUGCAGAAGGAUAUAUCAACAUUUGCAUGGAGCAUUUCACAUGAUAAGACGGAGAUUUUGUACUGCUCGGAUAACAAGGCUCAUGCUUACCGUCUACAGAGGAGUGACUUGUGGACACUUCAAAAAGAUGAAUGGGUGUCAUGCUUCGUGAUAAAUGCCUGGGUCAAUUGCUUGAACUGGAAUCAACCAAAUGAAAAAAUGACAAGACUGGUUACA